UCCUUGUUUUGGUAAUUUUGGUCCGUAUAAAACUUGGGAUAAUCGGAUUCUGCUGCUGCAGCAGCCUGCAGGCCAACGUUACUGGAUCUAGUUCUUAAUGGAUCGUCCAGCUAUAUAAUAUUGGGCCGAGUUUCCCGAAUCUAGGGCCCAAAACCUCAACGAACAGUUCCGAAAGGAAAAACUCUACUCCACAGAAACGAAUAGUCCCGCCCGCAGUUGAUGAAAGAAACGGAUAGAGCACCACGAGGGAGAAGGAAACCUUGUCCAAUCAACGGGGAAGAAAGCCGAUAUGCGGAAGGCCAGAAAGCAGGGAGCCUCGUCGAAAUCCUCCGGCGCGGCCCUCUACCUGCCUCCGGUCCCGCUGAAGGAGCCGGUCUCGGCAGGCUUGAAAGUGGAAUUCGGAUUCACUCCUUACAGCGAGAGGUUGAACGGGCGGAUCGCGUUUCUCGGGCUGGCGGUGCUGCUGCUGCUGGAGCUGGCGACGGGGAAGAGCGUGCUCAGCUACCACACCCCGUCGAUCGUCCUCGUCCAGAUCUAAUUCGUGGCUGCGGUGCCGGCGUUGUACAUGAAGUACAAGAAGGAGAAAAACAGCAUCUGGCCGGAGUCGACUCUGGUGAAAGAAUAGAGAGCCACAAACGGA